AUGGUAGAACUGCAACAGCAAUACUCCAACUACAAGAAUACCUUACAAACACUGGCACAGAAGGUCGGCGAGAUCGAACAAGAGAUAGAAGAACACAAGCUUGUCACCGAAACCCUGCAGCCACUUCCAGAAGAACGCAAGUGUUUUCGACUCAUCAACGGCGUGCUGGUUGAACGAACCGUGAAGGAUGUCUUGCCGGCGUUGAAGACAAACUCGGAUGGGUUGAAACAGGUGUUGGAAGAGUUGGUGAAACAAUACAAGGCCAAACAGGAUGAGAUGGACAAGUGGAAGCGCAAGAACAAGAUCCAGGUUGUCGCCAACCAGUAA